GCAGGAAAACGGAGAAAGGAAGUUCAGAUAACGGGAGGCAAUUCAGGCAUGACCACAGAUCUUCAGGUCACAAAGCUGCAAAGGCUCCGGAUUGGCUGGACCCACUACAAACGUGAUUGUGCUAGAGGGGAACGUCCCAAGGCAAUAUCUCAGAGCAUCAUUUAAGGACACACACACCAGGAGGAAAAAAAUGGCCAAAUAUCUUCUAGUAUGCUGCUCACUUUUGUUCUUCAUCUUGUUACAUUGGGCGUUACCUGUUGUUUCAGGCCGUCGAGAGUGGUGGCCACCACAUGGAGCUAUUAAGGCUUUCAGGGUUUUUUUGCCCAGUUGGCAUAGAAAAUCUCUAAGACUAUUGCCAUGUCUGAUAACUCUGGGAAUAAAGGAGAUUGAGAAAGAAGCUAAAUUGCCCAAACACCAUCCUGUUUAUCUGCUCUUCCUUUUCCCACCAGAGGGUAGGAGGCCUCAGUACCCUGUGGCUGCCAGGACUCCUCACCAGGAGGUUGUUGUCAAAGGGGGUGAACAGUGGAGGUCGGCCUCCACUGCUCUGGGGAGGGGCAGCUGUAAUGGCUUUUCCUCAUCAAGUCCAGAUAUGACCUACCUGUCUGUGAGAGUAAUUGUAACCAUAUCAUUCUUUUCAACUGAAUUUCAGGUGAAAUGUCUGUAUAAGAAAGUAAACUUGAGUUGGUUCACUGGAAAUGUGAACCCCUGCCCUGGUUUACAUCAACCCAUCUGUGGCACUAAUUUUGUAACCUAUGAAAACCCCUGCAUCUUGUGUAUGGAGAGCCUGAAAUCUCAUGGGAAAAUUAGGUUUCAAAAUGAUAGAGAAUGCUAGCUGAGUGGAUUUGGAUGCCCGAGAGGAUAUCUUUUUUCUCUCCAUCAUGACAGUCCUUCUCUUGCAAUUCGCGCCUCCUCCCAUGUGAUGGUGGCAGAGACCUGACCCAGCUGAGCUUGUAUCAGGUAACUGAAGUCUCCUUAGGCCUCUUCCCUCCCUAAUAAA